CGCGACGCGCGAUGAACGCUGACGGACUCACGGAGAAUACGACACCCACGCCCGCUAUGGAUGCGCGCGAGAGAGAUGCGACGACGCGCGCGAUCGUGGAGACGCGAACAACAUCGAGUCGGCAGAAAACAUCCACGGCGGGGGCUCUCGUGCGCGCUCUGGGACGGUGGAAGCCGAUGAAAACGCCCAAGACGACUGGGACGUUGAUGUUGUACUGCCUGGGAAUAUACGUGGCGUUUUACGCGCGCGCGCCGGUGGAGAUAACGCCGACGAUGCAGCGGCGUUACGACGACGCUUUGCGACGCGUCGACGAAGAAAUCGGCGAAGCGUUAAGACGGGUAUCGUCGUCGUAUUACGACGCAGAGCGCGAGUUGAGGGCGGUGACACCGUUUGGGUGGCGGUUUACGGCGACGCCCAGUCAGCGUUCGCGAAUCGAGCAAGCGAAGAAACGUCAGAGAGACGCCGCUCGAGCGUUACGAGUCGAGGAGCGGAAACGGGACGCCGCGAUGCGCGAAGCUCGUUCUGAGCUUGGUCUGUGGUCCGAGCUAGGCGUGGGCGACGCGAAGGCACUGUUUAAGCGAAGCUACGAGCGUGGGAAAGUGUUCGCGACGCGCUCGACUUUUUGGGACGGGUUACAUUUGAUGCUCCGCGGUAAGAGCGACGAAUCGACGAUAUCGUUCCUGUUGCGAUGGGCGUUUAUCGCCGUGAGCAAUUUCACGAUGGGAAUGCUCAGCGCGAUAUUCUCCUACGCAUUUGCGUUGCCAGGGCUCAUAUCUUCAUUUAGCACGUCGAUUUGGUCCGGCGUGGCGUUCUUCCUCGUCGCGUUGGUUUCGGCCGUGAGCGUCGUCGCGAGUGUUCUCGCGCUCUUGUACGGCGGGGCCGCGGGCGGCACGUUCGCUCUCGUUAAAUACGCCGGUCCAGCACUCGCUCGUCUUGACGAAGCGGAAGAUAGACGCCGCGCUCGAAUCGGGCAACGCGCGGCGUAUGGCAACUACGCCCACCAGAACGCGCGACAGCGCUACCACGUUGAUUGAAGUAUGCGCGCUCUAGUGGCAAUGAAGAAUAUAACAAAACGAUCAUCGCGCCACAAUACGAUUCCCACGUUCGGUGUUACACUUUCUGUGGUGACGUCGAGGGCGAUACGUUCGUCACGAUAGCGAGUGCGCGUGAAGAUGUAGUACGCACAACCCUAGGCGCGCGCGCGCGCGAGAGCGGGUCGGUCUGAUUCAUCCCACUAAAAAUUUC